GAAGACAGCAAGCGUCGCACGCUUUGGGAGAUGAGAUCACCUGUAUCGGACGGAUUAGAUUAGAAAUUCUGCUCGAGUCUCAGUAAUAUAAACAGCGGGCUUUCAUAUGGUCAUCAAAAAGAGACCACAUGUUGACAAGCUUGAACGAGCUGGACGAGCCGGAGGCAGGUUUUGAGGGACUCUUGGUUAAGUGGACGAAGUGGUCAAUUCAUGGGAAUCACAUAUUUGGCUGAUCUGAUACACUGACUGCAACAGCCGAAUAAAAGCGUUUCUGACUUCAACAUUUCUAGUCUCGGGAUCUUCUCGCACAGUGAAGAAUGAAUCACCUGUCUUUAAGUGAGCUAUGCUGCCUCUUCUGCUGCCCUCCAUGCCCAAGCAAAAUCGCCUCCAAGCUGGCCUUCCUUCCCCCAGAGCCCACUUACACCUUGAUGUGCGAUGAGAGCGGCAGUCGCUGGACCCUUCACCUGUCUGAGCGUGCCGAUUGGCAGUACUCUGCCCGGGAGAAAGAUGCCAUUGAGUGCUUUAUGACCCGGACAUCUAGGGGGAGCCGUAUAGCCUGCAUGUUUGUGCGAUGCUCUCCCAACGCUCGCUAUACCUUGUUGUUUUCCCAUGGUAACGCUGUAGACUUGGGUCAGAUGAGUAGCUUCUACAUCGGCCUGGGCUCCCGCAUCAAUUGUAACGUGUUCUCUUAUGACUACUCUGGUUAUGGAGCAAGCUCAGGAAAGCCCUCGGAGAAAAAUUUGUAUGCUGAUGUGGACGCGGCCUGGCACGCGCUACGAACGAGGUACGGCAUCAGGCCGGAGAACGUCAUCAUUUAUGGGCAGAGUAUUGGCACGGUUCCUUCGGUUGAUCUCGCCUCGCGGUACGAGAGCGCCGCCGUUAUUCUCCACUCCCCUCUGACCUCAGGCAUGAGGGUGGCUUUUCCUGACACCAAGAAGACAUACUGCUUUGAUGCAUUUCCAAAACCGUUUCAUCUGACGCACAUGCACCUGACCCCCAGUCAGGGGUGCCGUAAGAGGGGUGAAAGUGAGGAUGAUUCUCCAUUAACUGACCAAGGAGGAGAUUGUGAAGGGACCAAGGCCCAGCCUUAAAUUUAGUCAGGGGGCCCAGAAUGGCUAGCGGUGCCCCUGCCCCCAGUUAACUUCCGGUUUGUGUUUGGCUAGUGUCUAAUAAUAUAGCUAUUUAUAUUUUAUUUAUGUUAAUAUUAAUUUGUAUUAUUACUUUACUGUAUAAAAGUUGUAUUAAAUAAACGAAUUGUUGAAUUUUGUUGUAUGUUCAUUUUAUUAAAUGAACAAUUUGUUGAAUGGGUCCUGUAUUUGGUCGCAUUUAAACAAACAAACAAACCGUAUGGUACAUUGACAUCUAGCGGUUGAGCUUGGUAUCAGAGUCUAAAUUCAAAUUGGCCAAGAAACGGUUCUUCUCGGUUUAUUUUGAUUGUUAUCAGAAAUAAUCUACUGGCACGCUAUACGCCCUUUUCACAUGACGUCACGCAUCUUCCGUUCUGCCGCGAAGCAGUGUAUCAUUACUUCCGCUAGCACUCCAGUUCAUAAGGUGGCGGUAAUGCACUUAUAAGCUGAUUUGCUAACCGCCAGUAAAACUCAAGAAGAAGAAGAAGAAGUUACUUCCGCUAGCGCCUCAGAAUGGAGUUUACCAAGUGGCUUGCACAUCUGCCACAAAUACGUCUAGAUGAUGUACAACGUCUUGCAGACAAAUUUUCGCUAACGACAAGAUCAAAGCUAGAGAAAGGACACAAAUUCUUCGUUGAACAGUACCUGUUUGAUUAUGAAGGUAAGUGUUUUUUCUUUUUGUGUUAGCGAAGGUGCUAGGAUAAGUACUUGAAUACGUGUUCUGUCAGUUUUUUUUCUCACUGUUGUUAAAGUCCAGCGCGACGGCAAAACGGAAGUUCUUCUUUUUCUUCUUCUUCUUCUUGUUUGUUGCAAGACGGAUGUUAUGAUACACUGCUUUGCAAAAAGGCGGAAGUUAAGUGACGUCAUUGUGAAAAGGGCGUAUUGUUUGUGAAUGUGUACCGGAAGUUAAGUUGAGGGUCACAAAAGUGCGCAUGCGCAGUAACGUUUGUUUAUGUUGUUAAGAUGAAACCGUCUAUAGAUUCAUGAUUCAAAGAAGCUUUAUUAUAUUAUCUAUAUGCCAAAGCACAGGGAGAUUACAUAUAAACAUUCUGUGCAUAAACGGAUUAAAAUCAAAAUAAAAUAAGUAUAUCAAUAUAAACAGAAAAAGAGCAAAGUAUUGAUAAAAGUUCUCAGUGAGGUUGACAGGAUCCAGUCAUAUAAUGUCAGAUUGUGUGUGCUGUGUCAGUGUUUUGUUCUGUUGUGCUGGUUGUUCUUUUGUUUUCUUUAGCCAUUACUGUAAUUUUGCGCCCUCUAGUGAUAAAUCUUUUAAAAUGUGUUUAGCGUUUGUGCCUUCCUUAGUGAGUUAUUCUUACUUUCUUUUUUUUUGAGAAAAUAUUGAUGUUCUGUUGAUAUUUUGUACUUGAUCUACAGGGACUAUCAAAGAUAUCUUAUUUAUUUUUCUUAAAUGUCUUGGAUAUUCUUUUGCAAAUUUGGAAUAAAGAUAAUUCUGCUGCUGUCAACAAAGUAUGCUUCUAAUUUCAUGUUCUUAUUUUAAAAUGAUGUUUAUCGCAACAUAAAUUAAAGAAACACUGGUUCACUGUGUUCAAAUUAUCCAUUUGCACAAGUGUACAUACAAUAUGUUUAUUCUACUAUAUACUACCCUGUACAAUGUCUCUAAUAUGUUAUUAUCCCCCAUUUUCUGUAAAAUAGUCUUUAUUUUAUAUAUGCACAAUUUAGAAUCUUUUAGACUGUAAAUCGUAUUAUAUUGUAUUGUCAUUGUGUUGAAUGUCUGUACUAGAAGCUUCCAACACCAAAGAAAAUUCCUUGUGUGUGCAAGCACACUUGGCAAUAAAGCUCUUCUGAUUCUGAUUCUGUGAACACAUGGGAACUUUCUCAUUUGUGUUUUUAUUUUUC